GAACAUUAUACGUGUGUGUGUGUGAUGAAAUAGCAAAUUUCCGUGUCAUUUUGGAGCGAAGAAAAAAAUGCAAACAUUUUCUUUUCAUACAAUUUACAAAAUAAAGAAUGGAUUUAAAUAAUAAUCUUUCGUUAAAAAACAAUAAAGAAAAAGAUGAUGAUGAAAUUUUUCGUACAAAAAAUCUAGUUUUUUGGCCAUUAUUACGAAAAAUAUCUAAAGAAUUUUUACAAAAUGUUCGAAAAUUUCAAAUAUUUCAUGAUGGUCAAUCGGCUAUUUUUCUUCAUCAGGAUGGUAUUUUUGUUUAUGGUGAUAAUUCAAAUGGUUGGUUUGGUUUAUCAACGGAUCGUAUCCAUGAAUAUCCAAUGAAAAUUGAACAACAAAUUUUUGACAAAGAAAUCCAAACAAUACAAAUUGGUAGUAAUUUUAUUUUAUUGUUAACUAAUCUUGGCUAUGUUUAUGGUUGUGGAAAUAAUUCUAAUGGACAAAUUGGAUUGAAAAAUAUUUAUAUGGUUAAACAAUUUACAUUGAUACGUAAUCGUAUAAGAUUUUCAAAAAUUGCUUGUGGUUCUCUUCAUUCAUUAGCAUUAGAUAUUGAUGGUAAUAUUUGGUCUUGGGGUGAUAAUGAAUUCAAUCAAUGUUCACAAAUGUCAUUUAAAUUAAUUUUACCAACAAAAUUACUAUCGAAAAUUCAUAAAUUUCAUGCCAAAGAUAUUGCUUGUGGUUAUACAAGUUCAAUAAUGUUAAAUAAUGAUGGAAAUGUAUUUGUUUGGGGACGAAUGGCAUCGAUUUAUUUUAAACGACCAACUUUAAUCAAAUUAAAACUGAAACCGGAUGAUUUCUUCGAAAAAGUUUAUGGUUGUCGUGAUAUAUGUGCACUACAAACAAACAAUGGUAAAAUUUUUCAUUGUUUUAAUCAAGAUAAAUUAUUGGAUUUUCAACAAAUUGAAGAUAAUAUUCAAAUUAUUAGUACAAAUUGGAAUAAUAAUCAUAUUAUUCUUUAUUCAAAAACAGAACGGAAAUGUUUUGUUUGGAAUUAUGAUGAUCCCAAAUUAUUUGCUACAAAUUCUAAUUCAAUAUCCGAUAUAACUAAUCUUUAUGUUCAUCCUAAUACACCUGGAUUAAUCAAAUUACCAAUGAAUAUUGAUUGUAAUACUGAUUUUAAUAAUCCAAAUUGUUCAGAUUUGGAAUUAAUUACUGCUAUCGAUGAUGGUGAAUUACCACGUACAUUAUAUGUUCAACGAUCAAUUAUUUCGAAAAAAUGUGAAAUUCUAUUGAAACAUUCAAUUGAAUCACCAACAAAUGCAAACAGAAUUAUGAUUAAUAAUUAUCCAUAUUCAUUCCUCUUUCAAUAUUUAUAUUUUUGUUAUAAUGAUAAUUAUCAAACACUUUGGCAAAUCAAUCUGAAUGAUAAUGAUGAUGAUGAUGAAUAUUUUCAACAACGAAUGUUAUUACAAGAUUUAAUUGCACAUUAUAGUUUGAAUGAUUCAUUACGUGAAAAAUUAGAAAAUAUUAUACGUGAACGUUUAAAUGUUGAAAAUUAUAUACAAAUUGUUUCAUUGAUGGAUAAAUAUCAAUCAAAUUAUCCAAUAUCAUCGACAUCUUGUUCAUCAUCUGCAAUUUUUUCAGUGAAUUUUUUUCUCUACAUUAGUAUUCAUAAUUGUGGAAAAUUUUUCGAAGAUGCAUUACAAUAUAAUCAGCCAAAAAUUAUAAAAAAAAUAUUCAGUCUACUUUAUGAUUUUAUCAAUAUUAAUUAUCGUUAUUCGGAAGAAAAAAUUGAACCAAAAUUAUGUGAUUAUUAUAAACGUGAAUUAUUGGAUGAUAAUAAAGUAUUAUUAGAUUUGGCCAUACAAUAUGAUCCGGAAAAACGUGAUUGUAUACGUUUUAUGAAUGAAAAUAUGGUUACAAUAAUAUUGUUACAGAUUUAUAAAUGUUGUUUUAUGUAUCGUAGAUAUGAUCUAAUACCGGCCAUAUUGAAACGAAUAAAAUUCUGCCUACGAAAACAUUUGGUUAAUGUUUUCUAUUUUUAUCUAUUUUCAUUAGAUUUUGAAUCAUAUGGUGGUUUAUUUAAUGAUAAUAAUCAUCAAUAUCUUCAUAUGCUUAUUGUUGCAUUUACAAGAGAUCCAGAAAAUUUUGAAAUUAAUCGUCAAAAUUUUCUUGACCAAGUUUUGGUUGAAAUGGAUUCGAAUACAAGUAUCACCUAUUUUAUUAAAACAAAAUUAUUUCAAUUAAAUAAUGAUUUUCGUUGGUUAGAAUCGGUAAUAAUAUUUUCUGGACAAGAAACAUUAUUAGUACCAGCAAUUUAUUGUCAAUUUUAUUCAUUAGCUAAACAAGAACAUGAUGAAAAUAUGCUCAAAUCAAUACGUAAACAUUUAUCAUCAAAAAUGUUUAUUAAUUCAAAUACAUUACCAUUAAUAUUUUUAUUGGCAUUAUAUUAUGAAGAUGAACAAAUUAAAUCGUUUAUAAAUAAAUGUUUAGUAAAUAAUUUAGAUGAAGAAAAUAUAUCAAUUAUAUAUCGUAUUGUAAAAACAUAUAUUGAUGAUAAUAAAUUUAUAGAAUAUAUUUGUAAAAUAUUUAUUCAACAUAUAAAUAUUUUUAAUUGUUUACAAUUAUAUGAAUUAAUACAACAAUAUCAAGAUUUACAAACAUUAACAUUAUUACGACCAACAUUUGUUGAAAAUUUUAAUCUGAUCAAUUUGAAUAGAUUCACAGAAUUGGCAACAACAUUUGAUGAUCAUGAAGAAUUUGAAGAAAAAUUAUGGCAAUUAGCUAAUGAUCGUUUAUCAACAAUAAAUUGUCUUCGAUUAUAUGAAUUAAUGAUACAAAGAGAUUUUUUCGAUCAAUGUUUACAAUUAAAAAUGGCCAAUAUUAUUGCUAAAACUUUGGUUAAUUUUGAAAAUUUUGAAAAAAUCUAUAUGCUUGCCCGUAAAGCUAAUGAUGAAACAUUAAUCACUGAACUUUGUUCAUCAGUUUUGAAAAGAAUAUUGAAUAAAGAAAAUUAUUAUCAAUUAUAUCGUUUGGCAAUUAUAAAUUCCGAUAAUCAAAUGGCCAAAACAAUCGUUCAACAUUUAAUGAAAUAUCUUACAAUGAAAAAUUGUAUUCAAAUCUAUCAAAUUGCCUAUAAACAUAAUGAUUUAUUUGUUCGUCAACAAUGUUCAAGAUUUUUAGCUUUAAAUCGUAAUGAUCAAUCAUUAUUGUCAAACGAUAAACAAUUAAAUGUUCAACUGCAAUUGGAUAUGGAAAAAUUUAAAAAUUAA